GACAGGACAUGUGACCACCCAGACUCAGCUGCUGUUUACAUGACAGGAAGAAAUGUCCCAAACUCUCCCGUCACCGUCGUUUUAUUCGCAGUUUUGAGGCGUUUAACUGAUUAAACUUUCAGACAUGUCUCCUUAACGAACACCUGAACUCACCGCCUGUUUAAUACGGUAUCUAUAUAACGUGUGAAGAUGUUGGAGGAGCGGCUGGAGGGUAACUCCAUAGAGGUGUGUGUCAUCCCGGAGAACCACCACUGUGGAGACGUAGCGGACAUCCAGAAAGCUGAACUGGCCCCUGGAGGGUCCCUGCUGGGAUGUCUGGGGGUCCAGGGCCGGCUGGUGGUCUGGGACCCGGCGGACACAGAGGCUCCUCCGGCCACAGUGGACGGUUGUUACACAGACUUUUCCUGGGAGGACGUCACCGUCCACAGUCGUGGUGUCAGCAGCUUCAGACUGCUGGCUGUUGGAUCUCAGUGUGACCUGAAGCUGCUGGAGGUUGAAGCAGAGCGAUCAGCCUCCAUUUCUCUGAACUGUGUCUCUGAGUGUCCUGCAGGUGGCUUGUUAGAGACUGUCAAAGAGCAGGAUCAGAGUGUGUGUGAGCUGCAGUCAGUGCGUGUGUUGUCAUUUACUGCUGGCUGCUGCUACGUGCUGCUGAACUCUGAUUGGCUGCUGCAGCUGCAGUGGCAGCAGACAGAGGAGCAGCCACAGACGUUGUCCUGCUGCAACAUCCAGCUGACUGACAGCAACAGACACAAUGCUGUCCACCACUGUGUCUGCAGAGAUACCCUCUUCAUCCUCGGCUCCACUGGAAUCAUAUCUGUAUAUAACAUCACUGACGGCAGUCUGCUGGCCAGCAUCGACCUCCCUGCUUACCGGGCUUCUGUCCAGGCAGAGGACGACCUCAUCUCUACUUCUUCCUCCUUCUCCUCCUCUUCCUCCUUCUGCCUCCUCCAGGUGUCAGCUGAUCUCAGUACAGCUGUAGCCAUCACUCAGUCUCACACCGCCGUCGCCAUCGACCUCAACCACUACUUCAGUUUGUAUCCAGACCACCUGCUGUGUGCAGCUCCCCCCUCCUGCCCCUCCACCCGCCCCCAGCACCCAGGAGACCAGGACAGCCUGUCGAGCUCCAACUGCAGCCUUGCUGCCCUCGGAUCGACCUUCAGUACUGACCGCUCCUGGGAAGCUCGUCUGGCCUCCAUGUACAAGAAAGCCCAGCAGCCUGCAGCUCCUCCCUCCUCCUCCUCCUCGUCCCAGCCUGCCAGGACCUCCUGGUCCUCCUCCCUUCAACACCUGGAGUCCCACCAGGCUUCGCCCUUGGCCCACAGCAGAGUGCCUCGCGGUGGGGCGACUGUUGUCUUCUCUGUCCCUGAGUCUUCCACUUCGUCUCUGCUCACUGUGUCCGAGUUCUCCGCCCAGCUGACCUUCGUCUCGCCUGGCAACAGACAGACCACAGUGGCCUUAUGGGAUAUACAGUCUGGGAGGGUGAGCUUCCACCAGGCAGAUGGUGAGGCGGCUCCUGUUCAGCUCUGUGGAGAGAGACAGCACAGGCUGCUGCUGAAGAAGUCUGGUGUGUUCCAGGUCUUGUUCUCAGUGUCGCAGCAGGACUUGCUCAGCAAGUUGAUGUUGUUUGGCAGCGCAGCAACAGUAGACGCAGUGUGCCACCUCAACAGCUGGGGGCGCUGCUCCAUUCCCAUCCACUCCCUGCAGGCUGGACUGAAGAACCGUCAGCUGGACACUGUGGAUUUCUACCUAAAGAGUAAAGAAAACAUCCUGACCCCUGCUGCCGAUCAGCCAGCAGCCUCCACACGGAGCCUGACAGACACUGUCCAGGAGUUGUGUCCUGCGUUGGACCUGCUGUGUUCGGCUGUCAGAGAUUCACACAGUGAAGCUCAGAGCCGACAGUUCUCCGAACAGCUGCUCAACAUCACCAUGAGCUUUGUCAACACACAGAUCCGCUCUGUCCUGUCCAAAACACACCAUGAGGACGCAGGCGUGCGGAGCUGCGUUGACGUUCUGGACCGGUAUGUCACCAAAUUGAGAAGCUACAUGAAGAGGUACCCCUGGCCAGUAGGGGGCGAAACCUCCAGCACAGCCUCUACGGAUUCUGCUCAGGUGGAGGCUCAGAGAGACGAGUGGGACCAGCUGCCCACAGAGGAAGUGAUCCGUCAAUCCAUCCUGACCAAUCAGAUCCCCAGAGCUCAGGCUGUCCUGAGGAGGCGGGGCAAGCCAGAGCAUCGUCUAUCAGCUCUGAGGAUGGAGGGUCUGCGUCAGGUGUUCUCCUGUCUGCAGGACAGAGACCUGCAGACCGCCAACACGCUCCUCAUCAACAUGGGCUUCAGUGUGAAGAAGCAGCUCCACAGUAUCUGCCUCUACACCGACGACAAGGACCUCAGAGAGUUUGUGGUGGAGGAGCUGUCAGGGCAGAGUAAUUUCCCAGAGGAGGAGUUGCAGAGUGUGGCCUUCAUAAGGGAGAUGGAGAGGUUGGGAUCACUGCCUGCGUCCCGCUGCCCUGCACACACCUCAUCACAAAGAGUCACUCAGAUGGUCUGUAAGGAGGCAGGUGAAGGUGAGAAGGUUCUGGAGGAGCUUGCGGGACAGAGGAGAUCUGAGGAGGAGGAGGGUGGGCUCUGGAGGAACCUCAGACUGGACUGGGUGAGGAACUGGGACCAGAGCUGCCAGAACGCUGUCCUCCUGUCCAGACUGCAACACACAGAGUUGACUUCCUGUGACUCGGCAUUGUUGUGGCGUUACCUGACCUCCCUGCACGACCAGCUUCGGGUUAUCGCCUGGAUCCAGCACAAGGAGACCUCUGGAAGCUCUGAGUGGCCCGCGUUAACCCCAGAGCUGGUCAAUAACAACACAGUCUGCAGCACCUACAUGAGGGAGAACAUCCUGGACCUGCUGGCCAGGAGAGGUCUGUUUAUCCCAGAGGAGCUGGCAGACUUGGAGCAGCUGCUGUGGAGGCUGGCUCAGGGUGGAGGAGUGAUGGCUUUGUCCCCACCCAUUCCUCAGUACCGCUCCCCCCUCGGCCUCGACCUCCACAGCCUCUUCAUCACCUUCUGUCUGGACCACAGCUUGCAGUACUUGCUGUAUACAUACCUGGAGCACUACAGGUUGACACCCAGAAACUGUCCCCUCUUGACCAAUCAGAGCCUAUCUGAGACUCAGCCCUGGUUUGAGAUGCUGGUGAGGAUCCAGGAGAUCACCAGAGAUCUGUCAGAUCCAGGACUGGUCUUCCAGGCCAGUUUAACCAGUGCUCAGGUGCUGCUACCAGGCAGCCAGGCAUCUCUCAGCAGUCUGCUGUUAGAGGGACACAGUCUGUUGGCCUUGGCUGCCAUCAUGUUUGCCCCCGGAGGAAUCGACCAGGUGGUGCUUCAGGGUGAAAGGUCAGGCAGGUCAGAGAGGACGGUCGACCCCCAGCUCCUGAAAAUGGCACUGGCCCCCUACCCCAAACUGAGGGCCGCCCUGUUCCCUGCAGGGCCCCGAGGAAACAGCCCGUCCUCUGACAUCUCUGUCUACCACCUCCUGCAGUCGCUCCAUCCUCUGGACCCAUCCAGGCUGUUCGGCUGGCAGAAAGCAAACACCCUCAACUCCACUGAAAUAUCAGAGCUGCCUCAUUUCUCCAGCCCUCACCUGGUGAACAGAUUCGCUCUGGUGGAGAACCUGGACUUCCUGUACUACCUCCGUCAUGGCCGACCCUCCUUUGCAUAUGCCACCUUCCUUGUGCAGCAGCUGAGCAGAUGCACUGACGUCCAGCUACUGCUGCAGCAGGCCUGGCAGCAGGUGUACCGCUUGGCCCUGAAGUGGUUUAAUGUGCCGUCUGUGGCGUCAGCGACCGUUUGUUUCUCUGAGCUGCUGGGAAUCUGCAGCCUCAAGCUGAGGGUCGACAUCAGAGUCAUGAACACCGUCCUGCAGCACUGGAACCAACACAACACACACACCACUCUGACACAGCAUCUACACACUCUAGUAUCUAAAGGAGUAAAGCUGGCGGAGGUGGAGCCUGGAGCAGCAGAGGAGCUGAUUGGCUACUUGGAAGCUGCAGUGACAGACAGCCUGGAGCAAAAGGGCAUCAGCAGGUCAUCCUAUGAGGCGGCUCAGGAGUGGGCGCUGCCUGUUCAGUUCUGUCAGCUCCACAGUCUGAAGCUCAGCUCUGUUUACCCCGCCCACUGCACCGAGGACGGACAAUUCAUCAAUUUCCUGCUGUUUGUCCAGCUGCACAACUUCCCGCCCCAGCAGGUGAGAUCAUUGGCAGCGCAGUUCGGUCCCGCCCUGCAGGCCCACCUGAGUCUGGCGUUCCAGGACCUGCAGGUGUACAGUCAGAGGAGGUUGGUCUCUGGCUGUGAGGAGCAGUCAGCACCCCUGAACACAGAGGAGGCCCCUGGGAGCUCAGAGCACCGCAGGGAGCUGUUCCAGGUCCUCCUGCAGAGCCAGGAGGAGGCGGCACCCUGCAGGUACCUGCUGCAGGAGGCGCUGGUGCAACGCUGCUCAACGCUGGCUGUAAUGGCUGCCUGUCAACAGGGGGCGGAGCUGCUGCCGUGCCUCUGUGUGUGGGUGCUGACCUCCGUUGAUGAUGUCGCAGCUGGGGAAGCCACUUCCCACCUGGCUGAAGCCCCCCAGCACCAUGAGUGGACCCUGCAUGACCUGUCAAUCAUCUGGAGGACACUGCUGGGGCUGGGCCACGUCAGGCCCCUUCUGCGAGGCUUUGAGCUCUUCGAGAGGGACUGUCCUCUGGUGUUGGUGUUGAGGAUGUUUGAGUUGUGUUGUGACUACAGAAACUUCUCAGAGGCCAAAGGGAAGCUGUUGGACUUCCAGAGGACGCUCAUCACUCUGAGAAACGGAGGCCCAGCCCCGUCUGGUGGACUCCCGCUGCAGUGGGUGGAGAGCCAGGCCUCCGUGCUGCUCCUCACGAUGCUGCAGCGCUGCUCCUCCCAGUACGACCUACACAGGCUGCUGCAGCUGCUGGCCGACGUCGACAAACUCCUCAAAUCUAACGGUCCAGACUUCAGGAAGCUGAGUCAGCUCAGUCAGUUGCUGCAGGGGUCAGAGGUCAACAUAUCUCCCAGGCUGCUGCAGUGCACUUCUCCCUCCGUCCAGCAGGAGGAGUUCCAGGCUGCCGUGGACGCUCUGCAGGGCAAGGGGCGCUACAGCCAGGCCAGGCAGGUCGCCCUGCUGGCCGGCCUGCCUGUCCACCGCCUGCUACUCAGCCAGCUUCUUCAGGAAGUAAACUCCCAGAAGUCCAAGCGGCUGUGGAGAAGGUUGGAAACCCGAGUCGGUUUCUGGAGGAAAUGUCACGAGCAGUUGAAGGCUGACAGCACUGAUCCAGAGUCAGCCUCUCAGUUCUUCCUGUCACAGGCUAAAACUGGGACCACAGACUCCUCCGCAGCUUCAGAGCUGCUGGACAUCCAGGAACGCUGCCUGCUGCUCUGCCUUGCCGCUCAGUGGCUCUCCCUGCUCAGCCCGGCUCCUGUGGACCAACUGGAGUGCCUGGAGAAAAAACUGUGGGUGAGCCGGGUCCGACGACACAUCCUCACCGUCGCCAUGGAGAAGGAAAGCGUUUUCAACCUGCCGCCGCCCGCCAUCACACCUGAAAUGAACACAUACGAAGUGCUGAUGAAGGAGUUCUCCUUCUCCAACAUCUCAGGCCUGAACACAGAGAAGUGUCUCAGUCUGGAGGGACUCCCCGGUCCCUGCGAGGAGCAGGACAAGCUGAACAUCGACACACAGCUAAGUCAAGAGGAGAGGAGUGUUCUGGCUGCACUGAGUGGUCAGUUACUAGAUGAAGGCAGUAUCCAUGAAGCCAGCCGGGUCUGUCGUUAUUUCUCCCUGUAUCACCCGGACAUGUGGGUGGUGCUGCGCUGCCGAGGUCUGGCUUCUGGAGAGCUGAACCCUGAACCACAAGAAGAGGGGUCAGAAGCUCUGCAGAGGAAAACCAUCACCACCUCUCCCUCAUUCAGCAGCCUGUCGUCCUUCGUGAUGCUCCCCCUCCUUGACGACGAGGUUUCUGUCCAGCUCCAGAAACUGGUGGAUCAGUGUCGCCACGGCAACAACUACUGCAAACAGGUCCUCAGCCUCUACCAGCUCUCCAAGGAGCUACAGUGUUCCUUCAGUGAGAUCUGCGGGGAGGAAUCUUCCUCGGUGCUGGAGAAACUGCUGCUGUCGGAGCAGCCGGAGCGCUUCAGGAAGGCUCAGGCCUUCAUCAGAGCUCAGGGUCUCUCUGCAGACACUGUGGCUGAGCUGAUCUCCUCCGCAGUGGUCCAGGCGCUGCUGGCCUCCACCCAGGAGCUGCAGCCCGAGAGGCAGGUGUACAGGCCGUCAGAGGGGCGGGACCCACUGGUCCAGCUCAUCAAACUGUGCGAUGAUCCGAACCUGGUGGGACUCAAACUGCUGGAAAACAUCACCACUGUUCCACUGCGAGACCUGAGCUGCAUUGUAGAGUUGCUGAUUGUGGCUCACGACUGCUUCAGUCUCACCUGUAACAUGGAGGGGAUCGUCAGAGUGCUCCAAGCCGCCCGUCACCUCAGCCACGCCUACCUUGCCCCAGGAGAGCACUACAGCCUGCUGGUGCGUCUGCUGACAGGUGUCGGCAGGUAUAAUGAGAUGACGUACAUCUUCGACCUGCUGCAUCAGAACCAUCGCUUUGAGAUGCUGCUGAGGAAGAAGAUGGACAUGGACAGAGGACAGAGCUCCAGUCUGAAGACAGCUCUGCUGGAUUACAUCAAGCGCUGCCUCCCUGCAGACAGCGAGAAGCACAACAUGGUGGCGCUGUGUUUCAGCAUGAGAAGGGAGAUCGGAGAAAACCACGAGAUGGCCGCCAGAACGCAGCUAAAGAUCAUCGAGUCUCAGGCCUGGGUUGUCACUCCUGAUCUGAAGAGUUCAUUGGUCAAAGUGUUGGGGCUGCUGAAGGACGCUGCAGAGAGCUUCUCCAAGGACUCGUGUGUGCGUCAAGCGAGUCGCUGUGUUCGGACAGCCAAGCUUGUUGCUCUUCAGCUGCACUUCCUGAACCAGGGAUCAGACCUGCGGCUCAUCAACCUGCGACCUGCAGAGCUGCUGAACACUGUCACAGCACUGCCACGAUGCUAUCAGGUGUUUGUGGUGUCAGAGGCGUACAGCUACAGUCCAGACUGGGCAGAGAUUUUGUACCAGAAGGUGAUUCUGAAUGGAGACUUUGUUUACCUGGAGGAGCUCAAACGCCACCGCCCGCUCACCUCCAGCCUGUUCGAGGACAUUUUCAAAAAGCUCGACGGCGCUCCCAGCAGUGUCACUCCAAACGUGAAGCGCCUGCUGACACACUGUGAUGAUGUGUACAGUCGCUAUAAGCUGGCCUACCAGCAGAAUCUGUAUGAUGUCACCAAAACUCUGUUGCAGGACACCAAGACCUCCAGCUACCUGAACGACAGGCUGGCCAGCUGAUCAGCUGAUUCAUUCACUGACUGGUUUACUAAAUGACUGACUGACCAGUUGCCGGGCUGUAUGUCAAUCAGCGUCAUCACGAGGACAACAGAACCAAUAACUGAAAUACUGUCUAUGCACAUUACUUAUUUAUACAAAAGAAAAAUGUCUGUCUUUUCUAAUCUGUCGUCUGUGCAAAUAAUUUAAAUCAGAUAAUCUUCGUCUUAUAAAAUAGCUGAAUAAAAUCUGUUUCUUUUAAUAAAUAAAUGACAAAUAAUACUGUCCAAAAUCUUCACAAAAUAAUAUUAUGACACUUAAAUAAUUUCAUUAAAGACACUUUCUAAACUG